GAGUAGCAAUUUUCCACUGUGCUUUUGAAGCUGACACUCUUCUUUCUUGUAGGGACAUCUCUCUCUCUCUCUCUCUCUCUCUCUCUCUCUCUCUCUCUCUCUCUCUCUCUCUCUCUCUCUCUCUCUCUCUCUCUCUCUCUCUGUGCCAUGGCAACUGAAAGCUUCAACAAACCUCCAUCGUACCCUGAGAUGAUAUGUGAAGCCAUUGAAGCACUAAAUCAAGAAGGGGGUUCAAACAAGUCAUCAAUAUCAACUUACAUUGAAUCAAAAUAUGGAGAUCUGGGUAAAGAUCAUUCAGAGUUUCUAACUUUACAUUUGGACAACAUGAAGCAAACUGGAGAGCUCAUUUUCCUCAAGAACAAUUACAUUAAACCUGGUACAGAUGUUCCUCAGAAAAGGGGUAGAGGCAGACCACCAAAACCUAAAGUUCCUUUGCCACCUGGUGCAGAAUCUGCAGAAAUUGCACCACCAAGGCCGAGAGGUAGACCAAGAAAAGACCCCAAUGCACCACCUACUUCAAAAAAGCCAAAGCCAACACCAGCAACCCCAAAUUCCACAGGGAGGCCUAGGGGUAGGCCUAGGAAAGUUAGGCCACAGUCUGCACAAUAUGGUGAUGAUGUAGAGGAAAGCUGAGAAAAAUUUGGAGGCUUAUUAUUGGACUAGAUCUGUUGAUGGUGAUGACUCUUAAUGACUUAGUUGUCUUAUUUUUCUUUUCAUUUAGGUAUUAGUAUUUGCUUUAGUAAGGGUUGUUGUCUUGUGACUAGUAGUUAGGGAUUCAAAGUGGUGCAAGUAGUCUCCUGCAGAAAUGCAAGGUAAGAUUGCGACCAGUCCGGCUCUUUCUCGAAUCCUGCGUAUAGUGAUAGCUUAGUGUAGCUGCCCUUUUAUUAGUAGGAUCUCCUCUUGGUUAAUGCCUCUACUUGUAGUGGAUUAUGACUUGUGUAGUUCUAGUAGGAUUGUGUACGUGUGUUGCUCUUUGUUCAAGAUUCAAUGUAGAGAGAUCUGUAAUGCUUGUUACCAUGUGUAAUUGCUGCACUUUUCACUCUGUUAUCUUUAUGUUAAAAUUAGAAUGCAUAUUUUUGAAA